CUUUCUACAACUUCAAUUCAACGCGACUCUCAAAAUAGGAAGAAGAAGAGAGAGAGAGAGAGAAAAGGAGAGAACUACCAGACCCAGACUCACUGUGAACAGAGUUUCGAGAAGGGAAUUCCCGCUCGAUUUUUUCAGAUCAUAAAUUUGUAAUGGGUGAGGAAGAGAAAGAUCCCGUGGCUGAAUCUAGUGUUGUAGAGUCAAAUGGAGGUGCUACACUUGAGAAGGGUGAGGAUAUUGCUCAAGAUACAAAGGGCGAAAAAAAUGAUGAGAUAACUGUAGAGCACAAGACAGAGGAAGAAGAGAAACAGCCUGCGGCUGAAUCUUGUGUUGAAGAGAUAAAUGGAAGUUCUAUACCUGCGAAGGGUGAAGUUGUUGCUCAAGAUGUUGAUGCUGAGAAAGAUAGUGAGAUUUUGGAGACUAAGGACAAUGGGGACGAAGAGCUGGAAGGGAAAGAAGAAGAUAAGAAAGAAGGAAUAGUGCCUAAAGAAGAAGACAUAAUACCCGAUAUAGAGAUCAAGGAAGAAGAAAAAGAGAAGAAUGAUAAUAAUGAAGAGGAUAAUCAAGUGGAUGCAAUGGAAGAGGAUGUGCAGACAAAAGCCGAAGAAGAAGACAAAGAGCCAAAUGGAGGUUCUACACCUGAGAAAGGUGAAGAUAAUGCUCAAGGUACAAAGGAUGCUAAUAACGUUGAGAUAACUGUAGAGCACAAGACGGAGGAAGAGAAAGAACUUGUGGUUGAAUCUUGUGUUGCAGAAUCAAAUGGAGGUUCUACUACACUUGAAAAAGGUGAAGAUAUUGCUCAAGACGAGGAGGCGAAGAAGGAUGGUGGUAAAAUUGACGAGAUAACUGAGGAGCACAAAAAAGUGGAAGAAGAAAAAGAGCCUGUGGCUGAAUUUUGUGUUGCCGAGUCAAAUGGAGAUUCUACAUCUGAGAAGGGUGAUGAUAUUGUUCAAGACGAGGAUGCAAAGAAGAAUGUUGGUAAAAAUGACGAGAUAACUGAGGAGCACAAGAAAGUGGAAGAAGAGAAAGAGCCUGUGGCUGAAUUUAUUGCUGCGGAGUCAAAUGGAGAUUCUACAUCUGAGAAGGGUGAAGACAUUGUUCAAGACGAGGAUGCAGAAAAUGAUGUUGAUAAAAAUGAUGAGAUAACUGAGGAGCACAAGAAAGUGGAAGAAAAGAAAGUGUCUGUGGCUGAAUUUUGUGUUGCAGAGUCGAAUGGAGAUUCUACAUCUGAGAAGGGUGAAGAUAUUGUUCAAGACGGGAAUGCAGAGAAGGAUGUUGAUAAAAAUGAUGAGAUAACUGAGGAGCACAAGAAAGUGGAAGAAGAGAAAGAGCCUGUGACUGAAUUUUGUGUUGCAGAGUCAAAUGGAGAUUCUACAUCUGAGAAGGGUGAAGAUAUUGUUCAAGAUGAGGAUGCAGAGAAGGAUGUUGGUAAAACUGAUGAGAUAACUGAGGAACACAAGAUGGAUAUUGAUGGGGAGAGUUUGAAGACUAAGGACAAUGAGGAUGAAAAUCUGGUGGAGAAAGAAGAAGACAGGAAAGAAGAAAUAGAGCCUAAGGAAGAAGGCAGUAUACUCGAGAUAGAGAUCAAUGAAGAAGGAGAAAAUGAGAAGAAUGGUAAUAAAGAAGAGGACAAUGAAGUGGAUGCAAUGGAAGAGGAUAUACAGACAAAAGCCGGAGAAGAAGAUGAGAAUGAGGAAAAUGUUGACAAGAAAGUAGACACAUCUAUUGAAAGAGACAAUGAAAAAGAACCAAAAGAAGUAGAAGAAGAAGAGGAAGAUAAGCAGGCUGAAGAAAUUAUAAAGAAGAAAGGGUCAAGAGGUAAGGGGAAAGCAAAAGAUGACAACAAAAAGACAAUCAAAGAGCCUAAAACACCCCUGCCUUCUUUCAAUGGACGUCCUGUACGUGAACGGAAAUCUGUAGAGAGGUUGGUUGCAACAAUUGAGAAAGAUUCAAAUAGGGAAAUCCUGAUUGAAAAGGGUCAAGGUACUGCACUAAAAGACAUACCCAAUGUUGCCUACAAAUUGUCAAAUACUAAAGGCGAUGACAUACUAAAAUUGCUCCAUACAAUUCUCUUUGGAAGAAGGGGAAAGGCUAUUCAGAUCAAAAGUAACAUCCUCAAAUUUUCUGGCUAUGUCUGGAAAGAGAAUGAGGAGAAGCAAAUGUUGAAGGUGAAAGAAAAACUGGACAAGUGUGUUAAGGAGAAGUUGUUGGAACUUUGUGAUGUUCUUGACCUACAAGUUAACAAGGCUACUAUUAAGAAGGAAGACAUUGUGGUGAAGUUGACCGACUUUCUCGUUGCUCCUCAUUCUACAACUACUGAGCUACUAGCUGAGAAGGAGGAACAGUCGAGCAAAGGCAAAAAGCGCAAGAGGGCUGCCAAAGAGAGUGCUUCUGCAGACACCAGUCGUUCGAAACAUUCAGCCAAGAGUGGAAGAAAGACAGAGAACGGAGACGAUGAAUUAGAUGAAGAGAAAGAGGUAGAGGAUGAUGAUGAAGAAGAAGAAGAGGAAGAGGAAAAUUUUAGUGAUGUUGCUGAAAAUGCCAAAGACGAAGCAUCUGAACAAUCUGAAAGUGAGGAGGAGGAGAGUGCAGAUGAAACAGAAGACGAGUCUGAAGAAGACACUCGUAAGCGCAAACGAGGCUCCAAGAAAUCCUCGGUUAAGAAAAGACCAAUCGUGAAAACAAAAAGGAUGAAGGUAUCAUCAUCCACCAACCCUAAGAAAUCCACCCGGCCUGCUAAAAAGACCAAAGUGGAGUUAUCGUCAUCAUCUAAACGCUACAAGGAGGAUGAUAGCAGUGAUGCAAGUCCUAAAAAAACAUUCUCAAGGAGGAAGAAAGUGGAUGUUGUUCAUGAAAAGCCCUCAACUCUGAAGAAGAAAGUGGAAGUAGUUAAUGAAACACCCUCAAUUCUGAAGAAGAAACCUGCAUCUUCUUCCAUAGAGAAACCUGGAGGCAAGAAGAUAGUGAAAGGAAAAAGUAAAGCUAAGGAGGAGAAACUGUCCCCAAGUGAUGGCGAUCUCAAAGAUGCAAUCUGUGAGAUUUUAAAGGAAGUUGACUUCCACACGGCUACCUUCACUGAUAUUCUCAAGCAACUAGAUGGGAGAUUUAAGACAGAUCUAACCCUAAGAAAGUCUUUAAUAAAGCUCAUGAUCCAGGAUGAGUUGACCAAGCUAGCUGAAGAAGCAGAAGAUGAUGAUGAUGUAAGCGACGAUGAUGGAGAUGGAAACCAACCUUCUGGCCAGGGUGUUAAGGUCUGAUUAACUUUUAUCGGCGAAUAGUUUAGUUUUAUUUAUUUUAACUUUAUAUUUUUAGCCAUGGUUAAUGUUAUCUAUCUUCUUAAGGAUGUUAGUUUACUGUUUCAAUAGAUUUUUACAAGUUUAAACAUAUUUACACUCUAUGUUGCCAUGGUUUUGUUGAUGUUAUUUGCUUUUGAUACAA